AUUCAUCUCUCUACCCUAUAUCUCUCUCUCCCCUUCUCUUCCUCUUCACGCAUCCUAUCCCUCAACCCAUAACUACUAGAAACUUGUCAUAUCAAUCAAAACAGCGGCACCACCACCGCAAAAGCCAGAAACAAAAUGUCGUGGCAGCAGUACGUUGAUGAGCACUUGAUGUGCGAUAUUGACGGUAAUACCCUCACUUCCGCUGCUAUCAUCGGCCAUGACGGUAGCGUCUGGGCUCAAAGCGCUACCUUCCCUCAGUUUACUGCAGAAGAAGUGGCUGCGAUUAUGAAAGAUUUUGAUGAACCUGGAUCUCUUGCACCAACGGGGUUGUUCCUUGGUGGCGCUAAGUACAUGGUGAUCCAGGGUGAAGCUGGAGCUGUUAUUCGAGGAAAGAAGGGUUCCGGCGGUGUCACCAUCAAGAAGACCAAUCAGGCACUUGUCAUUGGUGUGUAUGACGAGCCUCUAGCUCCCGGUCAAUGCAACAUGAUUGUGGAGAGGCUUGGUGAUUAUCUAUAUGACCAGGGUCUUUAGUCAUCUAGUUGCCCUCGUGUUUAAAGUUGAAGAUUUGUUGGGGGUCCAAGUGUGAGGUUGAACUCGUUUUGCACUCUCUGAAGUGACAGUCAUGGCUUCUCUUGUAUGAAAUAUUUGUAUUCUUAAUAUCAAACUUCUGAAUGGAAGUGUGUUGAUUUAUAUAGUGGACCUACAAGGGAUUUAAUGGAUUUGAGAUUGAAGUUUUUUGUUA